GGCUGAGGAGGCCGGGCCGGGCCGGUGGAGGCGGGAGUGGGUUGAUGCGAGGCGGCGGCCGCCACGGCAGCAUGUCGGCGGCGGGGAGGACUGUGCUGUGCCUGCUGCGCAGCGACCUGCGCGCCCACGACAACGAGGUGCUGCACUGGGCUCAGAGCAACGCCGACUGCGUCGUCCCCCUCUACUGCUUUGACCCCCGGCACUACGUGGGCACCCACUGCCACGGCUUCCCGAAGACGGGGCCGCACCGCCUCAGGUUUCUCCUGGAGAGCGUGAGAGAUCUGAGGGAAACCCUCAAGAAAAAAGGAAGUACGCUGGUCGUGAGGAAAGGGAAGCCGGAAGAUGUGGUCCAUGAUCUCAUUACUCAGCUGGGCUCCGUGAGUGCUGUGGCUUUCCAUGAAGAGGCUACAAAGGAGGAGCUGGAUGUAGAGAAGGGCCUGUGCCAGGUGUGUGGUCAGCACGGAGUGAAAAUCCAGACGUUCUGGGGAUCCACGCUGUACCACCGGGACGACCUUCCCUUCAGGCCUAUCACCAGAUUGCCUGAUGUCUACACUGAAUUUCGAAAAGCCAUGGAAACUGAGGCAAAGGUACGACCAACGCUCCACAUGGCAGAUCAGCUAAAGCCCCUGGCUGCAGGGGUGGAAGAAGGAUGUAUCCCUACAAUGGAGGAUUUGGGACAGAAGGAUUUUGUAACUGAUCCACGAACAGCCUUCCCCUGCAGUGGAGGAGAGACUCAGGCUUUAAUGAGACUACAGUAUUAUUUUUGGGACACGAACCUGGUUGCCUCUUACAAGGAGACACGGAAUGGCCUGAUAGGAAUGGAUUAUUCAACCAAAUUUGCACCAUGGCUGGCAUUAGGCUGCAUUUCACCGCGAUACAUCUAUGAGCAGAUCCGGAAGUAUGAAAAAGACAGAACGGCAAAUCAGAGCACAUAUUGGGUCCUGUUUGAACUGCUGUGGCGGGAUUACUUCCGAUUUGUGGCCCUGAAGUAUGGGAGAAGGAUUUUCUCACUGAGAGGGCUUCAAGGUAAAGAGGUCCCCUGGAAGAAGGACCUUCAGCUCUUUGACUGUUGGAAAGAGGGCAAAACGGGGGUUCCUUUCGUCGAUGCCAACAUGCGAGAGCUGGCCGCGACGGGCUUCAUGUCUAACAGAGGGCGGCAGAAUGUCGCCAGCUUUCUCACCAAGGACCUGGGUCUCGACUGGAGAAUGGGAGCAGAAUGGUUCGAAUACCUGCUGGUGGACUACGACGUUUGUAGCAAUUAUGGCAACUGGCUAUACAGCGCUGGUAUUGGCAACGACCCAAGGGACAGCAGGAAGUUUAACAUGAUCAAACAAGGCCUGGAUUACGACGGCAGUGGGGAUUAUGUCCGGCUGUGGAUUCCAGAACUACAGGGCAUAAAAGGAGGAGAUAUCCACGCACCUUGGGCACUGAGCAGUGCCUCUCUCUCCCAAGCGGGAAUAACUCUAGGCGAGACCUACCCACGGCCAGUUGUGACAGCCCCGGAGUGGAGCAGACACAUCAGCCAGAGGCCUCAGGGAAGAGGUCCCCAUCCCAAGGGGAGGAAAGGUCCUGCACAGACACCAAUGCAGCACAAGGACAGAGGGAUAGAUUUUUACUUCUCUCGCAAGAAAGAUCUAUGAGGAAGGCAGUCCACGUGCUUAUUGGAGAAGAGCUCAUUGGGACUUUGGCUGCUGAAGACACCAAGAUAAUGUUUAAUCUCCUUGAACCACACCUAUGCAAGAAGUAUGGUGACAAUAAAUAGGAAUCUGCCUCAUGAAUGUUUCCAGGAACAUCAUAGAUAUGAUGGGCAUAGAUAUUGGGAAAUUCUGUAUUAGCACCGAUCAUGAUGACCUGAUACUCAAUUUUCACUUCAGUGCUUAAUUUGCUGCUGUGAGCUCUUAGACAGCUAGCGGGUUGCACUCCAAAAGUGGCUGCCCUUCAGUGCUGAGGGUCUGAUUCCCAUAAAUAAUGUAUCACUCUUAAGUCUGUAAAAUGCUUUGGCUGAAAGAGGCUAUAUAACUUUUAUUAGUUAAACAACAUUGUGUAGCCUUUCUGUCGUGAGGUGGUGAGGCUGCUUUCCCAGUGCCUUCUGCUUUGCAGUGCAGCUUACAGCUAUGAAAACUAGAUUUCUACCUCUUGUAACAAACUGGAGAAGAUGGUUUAUUUGGAGAGCUUUCAGGUGGAAAUAUUUGUACUAAAUUUUCUUAUGCUAUUUUUUUUUCAUGUUGUAAAGCUAUAAAGACACUGACCAUUAUGCAAUUAAAAGUUUUGCUACUGGAA